AUGUCUCGUGCCAUCGACGGCUUGUCCGGAAGGUCUUCGUUGUUGAAGAGGCCGCUCACAAGGAGGGCGAGCUUUCGGAUGCGAGAAUGGAUCAAGCGGUCGAGCUCAACUCGCACAGCAAGAACAUCAGGCCUGUCGACGUCCGACUCCAUGAAAGCACAGAUAAAGCACCUCGCAGGCGGGCGGCUGGAGGAGGAGGAGGAAGAGGAGGAAGAGAGGGAAGCCGAAGGCUCAACCAGAAACACCACCGUUCUGGCGCCGAUGCCAAAGCGAGCACAAAAAAGCCGCGCGAGUUCCAUGGACAGCCGGGUCACACAGUGGCUCGAUUUCUACACGGGACCGCCUGAACUCGGCAAGUCCCCUCUUCACCUCCCGGCGCAGUCGAAGCAACCCGGGACAGGCACCGCCGUGCUUGAGAAGAAGGGAGGGGGAGAGAGCGAACGGGAUCCCGAGCCUGCAACAUCCUCCCGCAGCCAGCAAAACACCUCCUCGGAAUUAGGCGAUCCGGGAUUCCUGCCCUUACUCCGCUUUGGCGCCCCCCCUCCAACACCAGACAGCAGCGCAGGCGGUGCUGCCAAGACGGACAAGGCGCAACCAAAUACCGAGACGGAUGACUCGGUUCGGCAUACUAGUACCCGCCAGGAUCGUAUCUGGCUGCAUAUCAACUACCGCGGCGAAGCCCCGUUUCUUCAGGCAUGGGGGUUGGAUAUCACGAAGCCGGCUGAUCGUAUUGAGGGGUUAGCUAUCCUCAGGGAGCUGAUCCAGGCGGAAGGUGAGAGGAAUAGCGUGGAGGGCGCUCAAGCCGUUGUUCAGGGGUCAACAUCACCUGCACUGGCAGCUAGUUGA